AAAGUUCAGGCUAAAGUUCAUAUUCUGGAUUUACAAGCCUGCUGGUUACUGGAAACUUACUUGAUUUGUGACAGCAUACUAGUGCAUGUUAGUGCUUGAAUUACUGUGGUGACGCUGAAAUUGGAUAAAACGUAACAGGGUUACGUUUCUAGUGCAAUUAUGUUUCGGUCAAGAACGGCUCGUGUAUUCGGACAUGGCCAAAUGUUCUUUCGUGGAGCUCUCGAGGCACUUCCGUUGAAAUCGACGCGGCGUCCAUCAGGCAUCAUCUUACUCAGCGGCGUCAGACAUCUGUCAUCCCAUCCGCUCUUCGCGCCUCAUAAGGAUUUGGUUCACGGUGUGUCGAGCCGAGGAAUCCAGACUGUUAACGAGCAUCGCAGGCCUAUGUUCACUGACCGCAGUCAGCUGAAGUACGCUCGCCGACUGGUCAUCAAGUUGGGGAGCGCUGUCAUCACUCGCGAGGACGAGCACGGCCUGGCCCUGGGAAGACUCGCAUCCAUUGUGGAACAGGUUGCCGAAUGCCAUCUGGAGGGUAGAGAAUGUAUCAUGGUGACGAGCGGUGCCGUGGCAUUUGGCAAGCAGAAGAUGGCGCAGGAACUCCUCAUGUCCCUCAGCAUGAGAGAAACACUGUCGCCGAAGGAUCAUACCAGAGAGGAUACUGGGAAAUUACUUGACGCACGAGCCGCCGCUGCGGUUGGACAAUCUGGCCUUAUGUCCCUGUAUGAAGCCAUGUUUGCCCAGUACGGUAUCAAGAUUGCGCAGGUCCUGGUUACUAAGCCGGACUUCUACAACGAGGAGACGCGGAGUAACCUCUUCAGCACGUUGUCGGAACUCAUUAGUCUCAACAUCGUGCCUAUUAUCAACACAAACGACGCUGUCACGCCCCCACCACAGAUAGACGAGGAGAUCGUUAAAGGUUCAGUCAAGAAUCGAAUGGGAGCAAUCAGCAUCAAGGACAACGACAGUCUGGCUGCAAUGCUGGCUGCAGAAGUACAGGCGGACUUGCUAGUCCUCAUGUCUGACGUAGACGGAAUAUACACGAAGCCCCCUUCGCAGGAGGGCGCACGGCUACUCUGCACAUACACCCCAGACAUGAAGGAUCUCGUCAAGUUCGGCAAGAAGUCGCGAGUCGGUACCGGAGGGAUGGAUUCCAAGGUAAAGUCAGCAGCGUGGGCCCUGGAUCGAGGAGUGUGUGUGGUGAUCUGCAAUGGUAUGCAGGACAACGCAAUAAAGACCAUUCUACGUGGAAGGCGAAUAGGCACCUUCUUCACCGGAAGUGGCAGCGGUGGGGAGCACGCUACUACAGACGUCCUUGCUGAGAACGCCAGGAUUGGUAGUCGGACUCUACUGGGGCUGGCCCCAGAAGAAAGGGCUACGUGUAUCUACACUCUAGCGGAUCUGUUACUUAGCAAAGAGAAGGAAAUCUUGGAAGCGAACGAAAAGGACCUAGCAGAGGCUACGAAGGGAGGACUGAGCAAGCCACUUCUGUCCAGACUGUCCCUUACGUCCCCCAAGCUGAGGAGCCUGACUACAGGCCUGCGUCAGAUCGCGGAAAACAGCCACAAUAACGUGAACAGAGUUCUGCGCAGGACCAGGCUGGCACCGGGUUUGGAUCUCACACAAGUCACCGUGCCUAUAGGAGUGCUAUUGGUUAUAUUCGAAUCCCGGCCAGACUGCCUUCCUCAGGUUGCCGCACUCGCCAUUAGUUCCGCUAACGGUUUGCUGCUGAAGGGAGGCAGCGAGGCAGCUCACAGCAACAGGGCGCUCAUGGACCUCGUGAGGCAGGCGUUGGAAGAAGUGGGCGCCAACAACGCCAUCUCACUGGUUUCAACUCGCGAGGAGAUCAGCGAUCUGCUGUCGCUAGAUGGGCACAUAGAUCUGGUCAUCCCUCGUGGAUCCACGGAGUUAGUGCGCUCAAUUCAGGAUCAAAGUCACCAUAUUCCCGUCAUGGGUCACGCAGAGGGCAUAUGUCACGUGUAUGUGGAUAAUGACGCAGACUUGGCCAAGGCCUUGAAAAUAAUUCGCGACUCGAAGUGUGAUUAUCCGGCAGCCUGCAACGCCAUGGAGACCCUGCUCCUACACGAGGACCUUGUGAAGAGCGGAGCGGCGUUCUUUACGGACGUAUGCACCAUGCUCAAGAGAGAAGGGGUGACCUUGUACUCGGGUCCCAAAUUGGCAGAGCAACUGACAUUUGGGCCGCCCCGCGCCAAGUCCCUCAAGACGGAGUACAGUGGCUUGGAGUGCACCAUAGAAGUCGUGAGUGGCCUGGAGCAGGCCGUGAACCACAUCCACACGUACGGAAGUGGCCACACCGAUGUCAUCGUGACGCAGAACGAGCAAAAGGCAUCGUAUUUCCAAAAUCAAGUAGACAGCGCAUGCGUAUUCGUUAAUGCUAGCACAAGAUUUGCUGACGGCUACAGGUUUGGUCUCGGUGCAGAAGUUGGUAUCAGCACGUCUCGCAUUCACGCCCGGGGCCCUAUGGGUGUGGAAGGGCUGCUGACCACAAAGUGGGUACUGAAGGGCGACGGUCACGCCGCGGCAGACUUCGCAGAGGGUGGUUCCAUGCAUUUCACCCACGAGUCUCUCCCCAUCAACUGAGGAACUCAGCACAGUCGAUAUCUUCACAUAAAUUAUUUUUAUUUCUUACAGUGCAAGGUGAAACAUUCGUCGAAAUCAAUCAUAAGCUUGAACUUAUAUGAAACCUCACGCGCAAACUUCUAUUUAGGUAGAUUUGUUUGAGGAUCUCCAGUUUUGUUUAAGAUUAUUUUAACUCUUUCUUUGCUAGUUUCCAAUUAAAGAAAUCUCCUUCAGUUUUUAUGUAUCUUAACUAGGGCUGAUCAAGUCAGAAUGCUGUUCGUGGCGGCAAAAGAUACAUCCGCUGCCCCCAAACCUCUCAGUUAAAGACAUCAAAUUUUCAAAACCUUAUCAUGAUGACCAAUACGAAAUUUCUAAACACUGUGGCGAAAACCGUCACUGGUGUAAUUUUUUAAAAUAGAUUUAUUUUAUUAUCGUAUAACUUGCAUGGAUUAAUACAAACUAAUGGUCACAGUAUAAAAACAAGAGAGAAGAAAAUUAUUUUACAUUUAACGAAAUGAAAAAAAAAAGCAAGAAAAAAUCCAGGUAGGUCCUUGGAAGAACUAAACUGUCGCAUCAGCGCAAAUAAUAAAAUAAAAUCUUUAUUAUUAAAUUCCAUGAAAAUUUAGUUACAAUUAUUGACAGUUGGUAAGACACGUUUUAUUUGCUACACUUAUCGAAUAAAAAAAUAAAUAUAAAUUCAUGCUUCUGAGUGAGAUAUCUCUAGAAAAUUUAGUGUUGUUCAGAUGUCGAACAUGAUUACCAAAUUAACUCUCUUAUAGAGUGUUAUCCAACAAACUUGCAAGGGAAUAAAGAUGAGUUUAGUGCAUUUCUAAAA